AUGAAGUUUGGUAAAUAUCUCGCGUCAAGACAAUUGGAAUUGCCCGAAUAUUCAGGUCAUUUCAUUGACUACAAGGCUUUAAAGAAGUUGAUUAAGCAACUAGCUAUACCAACGAACAAAACAAAUGGAAAUACGGUCAGUUCAGUGAUUGCAGGUAACAGUAAUCUGUCGAUAUCGGAAAUCCAACAAUCUCUAAAGGAAAACAAGGCCACGUUUUUCUUUAGAGUUGAAAGAGAAUUGGAUAAGGUUAAUUCAUUUUACCUUGAAAAACAAGCCAACUUGGCCAUUAAUUUGAAUCUACUUGUUUUGAAACGAGAUGAACUCUUUACAAAAUCUCAUGCUUUUCUUCUUCAACAUUCACAUGAUGGAACCACCGCCAAUGUGGAUUCAGCAGCAUACUUGAAUUUCAGAAACUCCAUUUCAUUUCUUAAUUUGUAUCAAAAUUUCAAAAAAAUUCAUCAGGAUCUUAUUCGAUUACAACAAUUUAUUGAAUUGAAUGAAACGGGGUUUUCUAAAGUGGUGAAAAAAUGGGACAAGAGAUCAAAAUCUCAUACAAAGGAGCUAUUUAUUAGUACUGCUGUUAGUGUACAGCCAGUGUUUCAUAAAAAUGAAAUCAAUGAAUUGAGUGAUUUGGUGACACUGUCAUUGUUUGACAUUGAGAGUAUUAUGGAUGGAGAUUAUUCUUGCUUGGUUAAUUACAAUGCUCACAGUACUAUCUCGUCAUCGAUUGAAUCUGAUUCGGUACAACGAGAUAUUGCUCCUCCUUCAGCAUCAGGCUCAGCCUCUGAUAUAGUGUCAAACUCACCGGCAUCACAUAAUAAUCAUGCUCCACCGUUCAUUAGACAAACCUCGAUUCUGAUUUCACCCAAUAGCAACACCGAGGUUGAUGAAUUAUAUUCUAGUUUUGUCAAUGUUGCAACCAUCAAGGAUCCAGACUUGUCGUUACUUGCUCGAUGGGUAGAGAAACUCAAUGGAUCGCCAAAACUAGCCAAUGAACCCUUUGAUGCCACUGUCAGAUACAAGGCGUCUAAGAUUUUUCUUUUAUCAAUCACAAACCUCAAAAUAUCCGAUUCCUUUUUAGAAUCCUUUUUGAAACUAAUCAAUUUCGAUAUUGAUUUCACAUUUGUUAAUGAUGAUUUCAACAACAACAAGACUGUGUUUCAUGAAUGUUGUUCUAUGCCACCUGCAUCCACCCACAAUGAAAGCCAUCAUGUUGUCAUAAACAAUGGCGUUAAAGUUAUAAACUCAAAUGAUUCAAUUAAUCAUUCUAGAGUGUUUAUCGUGGAGUAUAUUAUGAAGACGUAUUCACCACAAGAAGUGAGCAAUUUGCUCAAGAGACGCGAUUUCAAUGGACGUACUUGUCUACAUUACGCGGCUCAAAAUAAUAGAAGUGACUUGUUGGAUAUCAUUAUUCCGGCAUUCCCAACAACGCAUAUCGACGACCUUGAUAACGAUUCAAUGUCGCCGUUAUUGCUAGCAAUUAAACAUGGGCAUUUAAACAUCAUCAAGAAUUUGGUUCAAUUUGGAUCAAAUCCAUUUCCUAGAACCAAUAAAGAAACACUUCAGUAUUUGCCCAUAAAUUAUGCGUGUAAAUUCGGCGACUACAAAGUCUUGGAGUAUUUGUUAUCAAAUGAAGAGUCAUCUGAUUUGGUGAAAGUUUUGGUGAAUGAACAAGAUGUUGAAGGAUUACUUCCACUACACGUGGUUGCUCGUGAGGGUCAUUACAAAUUGAUUACAUUGUUGAUCAAGUACGGAGCCGAGGUGAACAAGACUGAUGGGUUCAACAAGUGGACACCGAUAUUUUAUGCUGCCGCGGAAGGGCAUGUCAAGACAACUCAAGAAUUGGUCAAAUUUGGCGCCAAGUUGGAUAUUUUGGAUGAAGAUGGAUACAAUGUGUUGUACUAUUGUGUUGUAGAGGGGCACGUUGGUGUGAUUAAUGAAUUGCUUAGUUAUCAUCAGGAUAUGAAUACAGAAUUGGAUAAUCACCUGAAUGUUGAAUCGGGCAAAAUAAUGUCGAUCCAAGGUGAUCCUAUCCGAAUGAGCGAUGAUAAUGAUGACUCAGAAGAUAGUGGUCAAUCGAUUGAUAAAAACAAUGCCGAUAGUAUUCCUGAUUUGCAAUUGCCACCACCGAUCCUACCAUUGAGACGAUAUGGCCACAAUUUCUUAGAACAAAAGGUUUUAAUUGAAUUGAUUUUCCCUCAUGAUGAUCAAUCUUUUAUAAAUUUAUUCAAUUCAAUCACUGAUUUGAAACCAGGGAGAAUUACAUUAACGUCGAACAUUUCCGAUAUUGUUCCGAGAAAUAUUUUGUUGCCUUUGGAAGAUAAGAAUCAUCAUGGUGGUGCAAACAAUAACAAUUGUGUUUUCCAAACUGAUGUUGACUCAUUGAAUGAGUUUCGUAUCGAUUUUGAGAUUUUCCCCAAAUUUGGAACGCGAUUAAUUGCCAAGACUACCGCAUUGUCGUUUUCGCAUAUUGAUACUACAUCGCCAGAGAUUAGUUCGAUUGAGUUGCCGUUGUUCGAUUUAAGGUUGAGAAACAUUGGUCAAUUAAAAUUCAACUAUCAAAUAAUUUUCCCAUUUUCAGGAACUGUGCUUGAAACUACUAAAUUCGACACGUAUUGGAAAUCGUCAACAAGUAUCAUCAAGAACAAACAGACCUUGAAAUUGAAUGCCGCGGGUGGGUUAUCGCCAAACAAUUUUUUAUCACCCAAUGCCAAUGCCGCUGUCAAUGCCAGUGGGUUAAACCAUGGUCCCAAUGCGCGCCCAGUACAAGUGCAACAAGAAUAUCUAUCUUCAUCAUCAUCAAUUGUCACCGCAACUUCAUUAUCAGGAGAAUACUUACGAAUCAGAGUAUGUCUCUUGAACGAUGGCACACCAGUUGUGUGUCCACAUUGGUCGAUUGCCAUUACUGAAACUAUUGAUUUAUACUUGCCCAAUUUAUCACUUGAACAACUUAGCUCCAUAACCAAUGAUUUAUUUGACUAUUCUAAGGUCAUUCAUGAUUUAUCAAACAUGACCGUGAAGGAUAUCGGAUUAAUCAAAAAAUUGUUACGUAUUAUAUAUUUGCCGUUGGAUAUCGUUUUGGAAAUUUUGUCUCCUGAAAUUAAUAUCAAUUUGGAGUUGAUUUUCCCAUCAUUUUAUGAAUUGGAGGUGUUGCCAUUUGUCGGCAACAUUCAAAAAAAUUUAAACAACUAUAUUGAUUUCACAUUGAAUGAUGUGUUUAACCACAUCAAGCCAUUCAAAUCCAAGGAAAACCAACACAACCAUAAUAACCAUCAUCAAUCAUCAAGAUCAAUUAUCCUCCUUUCUUCAAAUUCAUUGAUUUGUAAAAUUUUGAAUUGGAAACAACCAAAUUUCCCCGUGUUUUUAAUCAUGAAUGGAAUUACUUAUAACAACAACUUUAAAAAAUUUGAACAACGAUCAACUAACGGAUUAUUGAUUGACGAAGGGAAAGAUCAACAAAAUAAAGUUUCCAACAAGUACUCCACUACCACCUCCCCAUCUUUAUCAUCAUCCACUGAAUUGAACAAUUAUCAAGAGUUGAUCAUCAGAUCCAUCAAAGAGGCAGUAAAUUUUACCAUGAACAACAACUUAUUUGGUCUAAUCACAUCCAUUCAUUUGCUUGAUCUUGUACCGAAACUAAUCCCAUUAAUUCGUAGUAGAGGACUCAUUUUGGUUGCAUCUAGUGAUACCAAUGAUCAAGAUGAUGCUGAAGAAGAAGUGUUGAAGCGCGAAUUGGACUCGUAUACAAAGACCGAAAUUAAUGGAUUGAGAUUUGAUGAUGUAUUGAGUUUUAAGCAGGAUAUCACCAUGUGA